AUUUCAGUUUUAAAUGAGAGAACGUAUUAGGUGUGUGCGGUCGUGAUGUCGGAUAAUUUCGUCGUGUUUUUACGAGAAUUUUUUGUUUACUAUUUUACACACCAACAACAAAUAAAACUGUUGCUGUGGUGACAUUCAUUCAUUCAACAAACGAAUAAAAAAUACACAAAUUAAAGAAGAAAAUAAAAAAGCAAUUGAAUAGCGAAAAAAAUAUCCGUAUUGCGAUAACAACAACUUCAACUACCGGGAAAUGUAGAUAGCCGUGUGUGUGUGUGUGAUUUAGAAAUUGCAAAAAACAAGUGGUCCCCCCUUUUGAAUAUAACAUCGUAAGCGGGGAAAAGUGAAAAGCGGUAAAAAGUAAUUGUUAUUGUGAAUUUAUUUGUUUUAACAAAUUAAAGGUGAAAUAGCAACAACUAAAAGCCACACAGUGAUAACAACAAAUUGGCCAAAGUUAAUUUGGGAGCAAAUUGCUGUUUGACAAAAGUGAAAAAAAAAAACUUAAAAUUGUGAAAUGAUCUGCAAAUGAAACAUCAAUCAUUCGCUUUUAAUUGCAAACGAGAAAUUGAAAUUGUGAAAGCAACAGUGUUAAUCUCCAUCAUCCCGUUCCAAUGAAAAAGAAAAUUCAACUAAUAAGUUAAGCAUCUAAGCGAAGCAAAAAUAUUGUGAAAAAAAUCUUUAUUGUGUUACCGCCUUGCCUUGUUGGAUUAUACACGCAUACAUACAUACCCAUUAUUAUUAUCCUCGGCAGCGUAUUGUGAUAUCUUCUCUCUACACUUUUGGGAUACAUAUCAAAUAAAUGUAGUUCUUUUUUGUUUAUAAUUUUUUUUUCUCAAAAAAAUUAUUUUCAAUUCCACGAUAAAAGAUUUCGAAAAUUGGCGAAAAAAUUAAAUGAAAAAAAUAUAAUUUAUUUUUGUUGUUUUAAUUUCGUUGUGACAUCCAUCCAUCGAUCGUGAGUGUUUCUGUGUGAAAUUAUUUUAAACGAAAGACGACGACGACGAAUGCGAGAAACAAAGAAGAGAAACGGCAAAAACAAGUUACAAGUUGAGUUGUCGUUGUCGGUUUGUUGGCUGACUGGCUGGCUGGUUAAUACGAAGUACUACGAGUGCGCAAAUGCUGUGUUGAGUGUGUGUGUGCGUUGCGUCCAUGUGUGCAGCAGCUGGCCACAUUACAAGAGUCGCGAGUAAAACAAAAUUAACGAGCGAAAAGUAAGCCAAAAGAGAAAACAAUAAAAACAACGAAACGUAAAUACAACAACAAAAAACAAGAAAAAUACCUUUAGGUGCAAUGGAAUUCCUCGUUGUAAAGCAAAUCGCCAAAAACACCAACAACAACAACAGCUGCGACAGAAACGAAAACACCACCACCAACGUCAUCCACUGCAAUAACCCAAAGAAGGACUAAGCAAAGAAAAGGAAUAAAACACAAUUGCAACAACCACAAAACAGUGCCAAACAAAAGAAAAAUUUCCCAAAACAAAAUUAAAAUUGAAAUCAAUCAACCCAAGUGUCUAUCCAUCUAUCCAUGCACCACGAUCACGAAACUUAGUGGUGUCCACAAUGCCAGUCUAAGAAGUUUUAUGAGUCCUUUAAGUUUGAAUUUUCGAGUUUGUUUUUCUCCCUCAUUUCCUCCAUUUUUUUGUGUUUUGUGAUUUACAUGCCAUACACCCACCCGCCGCAAGCAACUAAAGAUUAACAAACAAGUGUUUUCUGUGCAAAAUUCCAAUCAACGAAAGAUUUCUCUUGCCGCCUUUGUGUUAUUCUCCCCCAGCCUUAAUUCUCUUCCACUUUUUCUUUGCAACGCAACAACAACGCUCGCCUGCUGUACCGUUUGUUUUGAAUUGAAUUCAAAAUUUAAAUAAAAAAUUAUGAAGAAUAAUCAAUCGAAAACAGUCAAUAACAAUAAUAAUAACAACAACAAUAAUAACAAUAACUUGCAUUAUAUUCACAUUAACACUAAAAACAACAACAACGGCGGCUACAAACUCUCCAAAUCCGCCUCAUCACCCAAUCAUCUAAUUGCCCCACCAUUGUCGGCAUCAUCCAAAAAAGGCCUGAAAUCCAAAUCGAAAUCCCAUCGCCUGGUUGGCCGCUCUUCCAGCAACGGCAAUUACAACAACAACAAUAACAACAACAAUCGCAGCGGCAAAAUGGGCGGGGGCACCAAGGAUGCCCGUCGCGGCUUAGAACCCCUCGAAUUCGAGGAAUGCAUCGUCGAUAGUCCAGAAUUUCGCGACAAUUUGAAUCGCCACGAAAAGGAAUUGGAUCACACUAGUCAACAGAUAAAACGCAUCAUCAAGGAGGUCAAGGAUCUGAUGAGCGCUGCAAAAGUCUUAUCCAAUCGCAUGAAACAGCUGGCAUACUCGCUGAAAGAAUUCAAUUUCGAGUGCAUCGGCACAGCCCAGACCGAUGAUGAAUUGGUCAUAUGUGAGAGUUUAAAGCAAUUUGGUGAUAUUAUCAGCAUGAUUGAGGAUGAACGGGAGAAAAUGUUGACACUGGCCGACCAACAUAUCAUUGAACCUCUGGAGGAUUUUCGCAAAAAACAAAUUGGCGGCGUCAAAGAGAACAAGAAAAAGUUUGACAAGAAAACGGAAAAGUUCUGCCAAUCACAGGAACGCUUCCUAAAUAUGUCAACCAAAAAGCCCGAAAAUACAAUACAAGAGGCCGAUGCCAGUUUGGGUAUGCAUGAACGUGAAUAUGUCCAGGAAUCACUAAGCUAUGUUCUGCGCAUACAAGAAGUUCAGGAACGUAUCAAAUUUGAAUUUGUCGAAAUUCUGUUGGCCUUCAUUUCCAGUUGGUUAGUCUUCUAUCAUACGGCACAUGAGUCGGCGGAAGAUAACAAAGAUUAUUUGCAGGAUCUAAGGCACAAAGUGCAGAAGACUCGCGAAAAUUUCGAAGGAACGCGGGAAAAAGUUACUGAACUUAAAUUGAAAUACAUGGAGAAGAGAACCAAACCAGAGGAAAAGUUUACAAAACGCGGCUAUCUUUUUUUGAUGGAAAAAAGUUCCCUAUUGAAAAUCUCUCUUUUAGAACCCUUCAAGGCAACAUGGACAAAGUACUAUUGCACCUACAAGAAGCAGAAGAAGGAGUUUACUAUGCUGCAAUUCAAUCAAAUGAAUCACAGCUUUGCUAGACCCGAACAAAGAGAAGAGGAGCGGCUAACACUAGUUUCGUGCCAAAGAAGAGCAUCCGAGUUUGAGAAAAGAUUUUGUUUCGAUUUGACAUUCAAAGAGAAACCAGGUACCGUCUAUACAUUCCAAGCCUUGAGUGAAGAGGAUCGCAGAGCGUGGAUAAACGCCAUGGAUGGAACAGAGCCGACCUAUUUAGCUCCUGGCAAAAUAAAAGCCGGCGAAGAAUAUCAAUUGGAUGAAGUGGGUUUUGCAUUUGUACGCAAAUGCAUUGAAGUCCUAGAAAAUAGAGGUCUAGAAGAUGAAGGCAUUUAUCGCAAGAGCGGUGUGGGUACCAAAAUUUCAAAACUUUUAGCUUUGGGCAUGGACCGCAAAAAAGCUGAGUCAGUUUUUACCGAUGAACAAUACCGUGAUCUCAUGGAAAGUAAUACAAUAGCCAGUGCACUUAAGACGUAUCUGCGCAAUCUAAAUGAACCCUUAAUGACGUAUCGUUAUCACAGUGGUUUCAUUGAAGCAGCCAAACAAGAAAGUCUUAAUCAACGUGUUCACGAAGUCCAUAAGCUGGUGUACAAGUUGCCCCAAGCUAAUUUUGAAAUGCUUGACAUGGUCAUCAGACAUUUGACCGAAGUCUCUCGUAAAUUUGAGAAAAAUAAAAUGUCUGUCUUCAAUUUGGGCGUUGUAUUUGGUCCAACAUUACUACGACCCCAAGAGGAAACCGUGGCUGCCAUAUUGGAUAUAAAAUUCAACAACAUUGUCAUCAAUAUUCUGAUUGAUAACUAUGAACGUAUUUUCAAAAAUGAUCCCAGUACAGUGAGUACACAUCUGCAGAAUAAUUCCAGUAGUCCUCCGGUGAGGGUACCCCGUUCCAAUCAAUCGAAACAGGCAAUUCUGGCCGGAGGUGGUGGUGGUUCGGUUGGACGUAAUUCCAUGUACUCACCCCAACCACAAGUCUACCGAGUCGUGGCCAAAUCAAAUUUUACCGAUUCCCCAAUGUCUUCGAGUCUUCAGAACAUUCCAAAUGGCAUGAUUUAUGGUACUAGCGGUGGCGGUAGUGGUGGUGGCAGCACUAAUGUCAUAACCUCGAAUGGCACCAAUGGCGGCCAUAUGUCAACCCAUACUUCAAACGGUGGCAGUAGCAGUGGUCCCAAGAGUUUGGGCAUGUCCGUCAACAUGGGUAGCGUUAAAAAUUUACAUUCAAUGUCGCAGAGCGAUAUUAGUAUGCGUCGUAACAACGCCAAUGAUCCAGUCUAUGGCAUUUUAUCGUCCAACACAAAUGGCGGGCUAACCGCCCAUCAUGCCACACCGGCCAAUGCCACAAAUCUGCGGCCUGACUAUUUAAUGGCCACAGCAACACCAGCCUCCACAUCAAUAUACGGUACGAGUACCACGGGAACGCGUGUAAGUUUAAGUAAUGUCUCACCGCCGACCCUGGCCAUGCGCAAGGAGGCAUUAUAUGGUGGCAGCUCCGGUGGAAUUGGCUCUACCGGUAAUGGACCACAACAGCAUCCGCCCGUACAGCUGCAGCGCAGCAAUCAUCUGCCAUAUGCCCAAAAUAAACACUAUUCUUCAGCCGCCGCUGCCUCCACAUCGAGUUCCAACGAAAGUGUAUGUGAUUCUCUGUCAUCAACGAAUGGCGGUAGUGGAGGUGGUGGUGGUGGGGGUGGAGGAACAGGUUCCAGCCGUUACUUAUCCGCCCGCGGUUCCAUAGAUUAUGUGCCACAUUCCUCACAAGCCACAUCACUGUCUACACUGCUGGGAUCCCAGGUUGAUGAUGUGGUAACGGCCACAGCUGCCCCUUCUAUGAUAGUGGGCAGUACGGGUAGUUCACCAAAUGAAUAUACGCCACAGAAGAUUCACCGCAACAAAGAUGUCAAUCAAAUCAAAAGAGAUUUGGAAGCGGGUACAGCGAGAGUGCGAACAUUAUACGCUUGUCUGGGUGAAAGUGAAGGUGAACUAUCAUUUGAACCAAAUCAGAUUAUUACAAAUGUUGGCUUUUCACACGAACCCGGCUGGUUGCAGGGCACAUUAAAUGGUAAAACUGGUCUUAUACCAGAGAACUAUGUUGAACACUUGAAACCAUACCAUUAGUCAUGUAAGUCUAAUCAUCAAUUAUCUUUAGAGAGAUGCGCUUAGAAAUAUUUUGAAUUAUUUAUAAAGAAAAUUACAAAAAAAAAAAAACAUAGAACCGAAGUAGUAAGAUGUGGUCAAAGUGUACCCCACCACCACCCCCCGAAAUAAAUAUAUUAAACAAUGAAUUAUUAGAAUUUCUAAAAACAAAAACAAUUAGUAGGCAUACAUACAAUAACUAAACAAAAAACAACAUAUGUGAUGUUUUGCGAAAAUAUAAAAUUUAUGAAUUCCCAAAUUUUAGUGAAAGAUUCCAUUGAACGGUCUUAGAUAUAAACCUACAGCACAAACUAGCAAUUCUAGCGGAAUUACCAACGAAUUGCAAUGAACAUGAAAAUUACUUUAUCGAAAUAAACACACACACAAAGACACCCAAAACCACAACUACUUGUAAAAUUAAAUAAGAAAAUUUGUUAUUUCGGUUUUGUGUAUUAACCACUUUUUUUCUAACAACAACAUUGUUUUUGAUACGAUUUUGAAAAUCUAUUGGAAAAAAAGAAUUGAAACCAAUCAACCAACAACAAAAAUGUAUCCUUAUUGCUUUACACGCACACACACACACUUUUACAUGAAAUAUGUAUGUAUAAAAUUUAUGUAAAAUAUUAUAUUAUUAAUAUUUAUUUAUAUAUAAUUAAUAACCUAUCUAUAUCAGAAAGAAAUAUUGUAUGUGUUAAUUUCGAUUAUUUUGAAAAGUUGGCACUUAGCCAAAACAGCCAGCCAGCCAACCAAUCGACAACUUGAAAUCAACAACCAACCAAAUCUAUUAAUCUACCUACCAAUCUACCUAUGUAUCUACUAGCUAUCUAUCUAUUAUUAUUAUUACCAAUGCUAUUUAUGUGUAUCUGUUGUAUAUCAAUGAUAUUAAACGAAAAAUAGGCUUCUUCCUCUAAUCUUUAUUGUUGUUGUAUUCUAUGCAGAUAAAUAUUAUUAUAUAUUUUUUCUUUUGUCAAAUGCCUAUGUGAAGAAAGCUUAUUUUAUUGUCUAUUAAAGAAAACAAAUACAUUUUUGCUAUAGAAUAUACACCAACACACAUAAACAAAGUCAGCUCUAAAACGAAGAAAAAUAAAAAAAAAAAAAAACAACCACCUAAGAUUUUUCUUAAAAAUCUUUCUAAAAGAUUUUCAAUAAUUAAGCUUUGCUCCAUUUUCAAAAAACAAAAAAACAAAUUAAAAAUAAUAACGCUGUAUAUUUUUGGAAUUUUGUUGCUUUGGUUUACUAAACAAGUUAUAAAUCUUACUUAUAAUUAGUGUGUACUGUGAAAACACAAAACAACAAAAAUUAAUCCUUGAAACGCUUACUUUGUACAUAUAUACACAUUUAUAUAUACAUAUUUACCAAUAACUAUACUAUGUAUAACAAAUUGUUUGUAAAAAACAAUAUUACAUUUAAUUACAACUACAAUUAUUAUUAUUUAAAAUAAAUUAAUUUAGAAUUUUUAUGUUUAAUUUUAGUAAAUGUAAAUGUUGAAUGAAUAAACACAAACAAAAUUUAAUUUUUUAUUUUUUUUUUGUUUUCAAGAAGUUUAAAUAAAAUUGUUUUGAAACGAAAUCACCAAAAUUUGUAAAAAUAAAGCCUGAUUCUAUGCAUUUUUAUACUGAAAUGAAAUAAAACUUUGGUGUCUCUGUAGCCCCGGGUCUCUAAUUGCAAUUUUGAAAUCCUGUAAUUUAAUUUCAUUUAAGGCCGUAUUCCAUAGUUCUACCGAAUGAAAUCCCAAAAGAACAAAAUCGAUAAUAUACAAAUCAGAAAAGAGAGUGUGGCAAUUUAACGAAACACCGAACUUAAAUAUCGAUCAUUUAUUACUGGUAUUUCUUUUAAUCGACCUUCAAAGGGAUAUAAAAUAAACUGCCUUGCAAAUAGAUUGUGGGAAAACAUUAAGAAUUUAAUUAUUAUUAUUCUAUUAAUUUUCUAUUUAACAAAAGAAAAAUUAAAACAUUUCUACAAAAUCGCAUUUGGGGCCGUUUUAUGUAUCUCGAAAGAGAAACAGCCGUUUUAUGUCCGUUUUUAUACACUCCACCAUACUAUUUACGGUAUAUUUACUUUGUCAUUCCGUUUGUAACUCCUCGAAAUACUCAUGUCAGACCCAACAAAGUAUAUAUUUUUUUGAUCAGCGUAAAAUUCGAUUUAACGAUGUCCGUCUGUCUCUGUGUUGUAAUCACACUAUCUUUCGAACGAAUUGAGAUAGAAGGCUAAAAUUUUGCACACAUAUUAAUUUUGCCAGUAGGCAGGUUAAGUUCGUAAAUAGGCCAUGUAGGUCCACGUUUUUAUAUAGCCCCCAUAUAACGGUACCUCCCGAUAUUCGCUAUUUUGAUGAUUUCAGCGACAUUAUUCACCUAAAUUGUUUCAAAUUUGGUAUUUGAAGUUCGUAAUAGAUACUACAGCCUAUGACAGAAAAUUGUCUAUGCAGGUCCAGGUCUUCGUGUAUCAGUAUAUAUAUCAGUACCUCCCUAUAUUAGGUAUUUUAACGAUUUGAGGUACAAUACUCACCGAAAUUGUUUGAGAUAUCGCAUUUGAAGUUCGUAAUGAAUGGUCCAGGUCUUCGUGUAGGCCCCAUAUAUCAGUACCUCCCUAUUUUAGGUAUUUUAACGAUUUGAGGUACAAUACUCACCGAAAUUGUUUGAGAUAUCGCAUUUGAAGUUCGUAAUGGAUGCAACAGCCUGUGACAGAAAAUUCUCUACGCAGGUGCAGAUAUUUGGAAGAUUUUAGCUAGAUGAUUCACCGUUUAUUCCAAGUUUCGAAUUUGAAAAUAGUAAUGACUUAUGACAAACAAUGCCUAUGUAGGUCCGAGUCGUAUAGACCCCAAUAUAACGGCUAUAUUCGGUAUUUUUAAGAUUUUAACAGAAUUUUUAACGGAUUUUAUUUUUUGAAAAUUUCCAAAUUCGUUCCAAAUAGUGGAGAGUAUUCAAAGCUCGGCGCGGCCAAACUUACUGCUUUCUAAAUUGUUUCAAAUAUAUAUUUUUUUUGAUUUAAUAUCAAUCACAAAAUUUAUAAAUCGCAUAGAUUUUGUUUUUCUUUAACAUGUUCUUGCUCCUUGCACAAUGCAAUGCAAUGAUGUGUCUUUUGUGUGAACUAACUUGGUUUAAAUUGACACGUCUUGUGUAGUGUCUCUAUAAAAAGAAAUGCCAUUACAAUAAUGAUCGCCAUACUCUCACAAAUGAUUUUGUAUAUUCAAUGGCAUCGAAAAAAGUCAAUUUUUUAGGGUUAAAAUAAAAGUGCGGUUAUUUGGUUUAGCAUAACCAAGUUGUCUCCCAGAAAAAUUCCAAUUUAUCAAAAUAUCUUCCAAAAAUUUAACAUGACAAGGAGCUGCUUAAAGUCUAUAAAAAUACUAGUCUCUUAGUUAAUCAAAACGUAAACCGAAUAACCCUAUCUUUAUUUUAACAAUAAUUUCUAAUAAAACUGCGCCAUUUUUUGCCAAUAUUUGCAUUACAAAUAAAAAACACCAAAAA